UUUCCUGCUUGUCACUGUGGAGAUGUGACGCAAUGAAAGACAAACAAAAUGAAACCUCGUUCGGCUCUAAACUCCCGAUGACACGAAGGCAGUCUGUCAACCAGGUGGGUCCCGUGAGUGGGACAGGCGAGAAUCAGCGGGAGACAUGGUCGAAUCAAAUGGACUUCCUUCUCUCGUGUAUCGGGUAUGCUGUGGGCCUCGGUAAUGUCUGGAGGUUCCCGUACCUCUGCUAUAGAAAUGGAGGAGGUGCAUUCCUGAUCCCGUAUCUGAUCAUGCUGGCUCUUGCUGGCUUGCCUCUCUUCUUCAUGGAGCUCUGUCUUGGUCAGUUCUCUCACCUGGGGGCGUUGACCGUAUGGAAGAUAUCACCUAUUUUCAAAGGUAUUGGCUAUGCCUCAGUGUGCAUCACGUGGUUGACAUGCAUCUACUACAAUGUGAUCAUUAUGUACACCAUCUUCUACCUAUUCUCCUCCUUUGCCGCUGAGGUGCCCUGGGCGAGCUGUGACAACUGGUGGAACACAGAGAAUUGCUACAUUAGGAAUAAGACAGAUUCUUGUAAUGGUACCAUCGCCUGUAAUGAGACAGAAGUUAGGAAUCUGACAGGUCUUGAGGUCACCCCAAGUCAGGAGUAUUGGGAACGAUACGUCCUUCAGUUAUCUGAUGGUAUUGAUCAUGUUGGUGUCAUCCGCUGGCAGCUGGCCUUGUGUCUUCUCCUAUCUUGGAUCAUUGUCUUCGCGUGUCUUGCCAAAGGCGUCAAGUCGUCGGGGAAGGUCGUCUACUUCACCGCCGUAUUCCCCUACGUGGUGUUGGUCAUCCUCCUCAUCCGAGGGGUGACAUUAGAUGGCGCCAUAGAUGGCAUCAAAUUCUACAUUAUUCCGAAAUUCUCCAAACUGGCAGAUGUAAAGGUAUGGAGUGACGCAGCCCAGCAAAUCUUCUACUCGCUAGGCCCAGCUUGGGGAGGACUCAUUACCAUGGCUUCGUACAACCAGUUCAAAAACAACUGUUACAGGGAUGCGAUCGUUGUGUCUGUAUGUAACUGCGGCACGAGUAUCUUUGCCGGUUUUGUCAUCUUCUCUGUGAUGGGCUUCAUGGCCAAAGAGAUGGGCAGACCCGUCGAGGAGUUGGCCGCGAGUGGCCCUGGUCUUGCUUUUAUCGCCUACCCUGAAGGGAUAUCACGAAUGCCCGUCGCCCCGCUCUGGGCAAUUCUCUUCUUUUUCAUGCUGAUUACUUUAGGACUUGACAGCCAGUUUACGAUGAUGGAGACUGUAGUGGCAGCCUUUGUUGAUGAAUAUCCAAACAAGUUCCGCCCGAUCAAAACCUGGCUGACCCUGGGACUCUGUGUGGUCACCUUUCUACUCGGACUGCCUCUCGUCACUCAGGGAGGACAGUACAUUUUAACCCUCAUGGAUUGGUAUAUUGGGUCUACCGCGUUAAUGGUAGUUGGGCUUCUCGAGCCGAUUAUCAUCAGCUACAUAUACGGUUUCCGCCGGUUUAGCUGUGACAUUGAGAUGAUGCUGGGAUUCAAGCCGAACUACUACUUGUUAGCCUGCUGGACGUUCAUCACUCCAGCCAUACUCUUGUUCAUCAUCAUCUUUUCGUCCAUAUACCACUCCCCAGUCUCCUACGGUAACUAUGUGUACCCCGGGUGGGCAGAUGGUCUUGGUUGGGGCCUGGCGGUGCUCUCCAUGCAGUUCAUUCCGACCAUGAUGAUAGUGACAAUCAUUCAAGGGAUAAGCACUAACCAGCUGAGCCUGCGGAGUCUCUUCUGUCCGCCUCCAGACUGGGGACCUUGUGUGGGGAGUGGAGGCCUCUGCAAGGAGGACAAGCAGUUGGGAUCUAAAGAGGAUGUCAGCAAGCAGCAAGAGAAGGAUUCAGCUACCCCCAUGUCACCUCCUGCCUAUCAGAACCCUGCCUUCGACCCAGAUCAUGCUUAGUAUGUUCACCCACUUCACUCACUGUGAAUCCGAUUGGACUGCAGGAGAUCAUUAGUCUCCCGGGGCAGUACAUUGCGUUUUUCUAAUUAUAUCGGGCGACAAGACAAGGCCGGUCAAAUGCGUCCGGAGUAUAGAGAUCAUCCACUUGUCGGUAGUUUCAUGUCUCUCAUAUCCACUGGGCAGGUGAAAUAAUGUGUAUUUCUGUGUAUAUAGUGGAAAUAGUGCGACAGUGGCAUUUUACAAAAAGCAAUCAAUUAUUUUUCAAGAAGUAUCAUAUCAUACAGUCAUGUACAUGUACAUUCCCUCUGAAUAAAUAAAUUCUGACUUUUG